AUUUUUAAUAAAAAUGGAAUGACAGUUUACGCAAUUUGUAAAUCGCAGCUUAAAAUCAUUCCCAAAUUUCCUCUUCACUCUAUACGAACAGCAGUUAAACUAUCGUACAAAAUAUUCGGCGAAAGCGAAGUAGACCCUGAUGAUCCACCUAUUUUUCUGUUCCACGACCUUUUAGGGACGAAAAAACACUGGGACAGUCUUGGUAAAACUAUGGUGAAUAUGACCAAGCGAUCGGUUGUUGCUGUGGAUUUGCGUAAUCAUGGAGACAGCCCUCAUGCUAGUUCCCAUAAGUAUGAAGACAUGGCUGACGAUAUAUUGAAAUUAUUUAAAAAACUAUCUGUAGAUAAAGCGAGUAUAGUUGGUCAUGGGAUGGGAGGUAGAGCGUCGAUGUGUGUUUCAUUGAUAGACCCGGAGAAAGUAGCAGGUUUGUUGAUUGUGGAUAUAUCUCCGGUAUCUACUUGCAAUCAUCUGAAAGAAUUCACAAAAGUUUUAGCAAUCAUUAAAGAAAUAAAUUUCAAAGAACAGAAGAAGAUUUGUACAGCAAAACGGCAUGUCAAGAAAAAGCUAAAGACCAUCAUACAAUAUGACGAUACUUUGAUGAAUAAUAUACUAUCAAAUAUAAUAUUAAAAUCCAAUGGGUUAAUAGGAUGGUCCUGUAACCUUGAUGUAUUAAUAAAAGAUUUUAAAAAUAUAUCAUCUUUUCCGAAAAUGAAGAAUAAAAAGUACUUUGGUCCAGCGUUAUUUAUCGGUGGACAACUAUCUGAAUAUAUACCACCUGAUGAUUUGAAUGGUAUUCGUGAAAUGUUUCCACGUGCCGUGAUCUCCUAUAUACCUCAAACUGGACACAGUUUGCACAUUGAUGACCCAAAAAGCUUUUUAGAGGUUGCUAUCGCUUUCCUUAGGACUAAUGAAUAA